UUCUCCAUGCUGGCACUCUUGCUCGCUGCCAGUGGAAGGGUUUAGGACUGACCGUAUUCAGUUCUGCAUGCAUGUCUUUUCUCUAGACGUGGCAAGCUGCAGAGGGAGUCAGACUUCAUGGCCAGUGUAGACAGCAGCUGGAUCUCCUGGGGUGUGGGAAUCUUCAUUCUGAAGCCCCUGAAGUGGACUCUCUCCAGUGUGCUGGGUGACAGUAAAAUACCUGAGGAAGAGGAAGUUCUGAUUUAUGUUGAGCUGCUUCAGGAGAAGGCAGAGGAAGUUUAUCGCCUAUAUCAGAACUCUGUGCUUUCUUCUCACCCUGUUGUUGCCCUCUCAGAGCUGCGUUCCCUCUGUGCCAGUGUUUGUCCAGAUGAAAGGACGUUUUACUUGUUGCUGCUCCAGCUGCAAAAGGAAAAGAGGGUCACGAUCCUGGAACAGCAUGGAGAGAAGAUAGUGAAGUUUGCCCGAGGUCUUCAUGCCAAAGUCUCCCCAAUGAAUGAUGUGGACAUUGGAGUAUAUCAGUUGAUGCAAAGCGAACAGCUGCUGUCACAGAAGGUGGAGUCCCUUUCCCAGGAAGCAGAGAAAUGUAAAGAGGAUGCCCGGAGUGCUUGUAGAGCUGGGAAAAAGCAAUUGGCACUGAGAUGUUUGAAAUCCAAACGAAGGACAGAAAGGCGCAUUGAAGAGCUUCAUUCCAAGCUGGAUGCAGUGCAGGGGAUCUUGGAUCGUAUAUAUGCCUCCCAGACUGACCAGAUGGUAUUUAAUGCCUAUCAGGCUGGUGUGGGAGCUCUGAAACUGUCUAUGAAGGAUGUUACUGUGGAGAAGGCAGAGAACCUGGUGGAUCAGAUACAAGAGCUUUGUGAUACUCAAGAUGAAGUAGCCCAGACUCUGGCUGGAGUGGGGAUCAACGGUCUAGAGAUGGACACUGAGGAACUUGAGAAGGAGCUGGACAGUCUCCUCCAGGACUCGACUAAGGAGCCUGUAGAUCUGCCUCCUGUUCCCCAGAAGGUGCUGAAUCCACCCAUUUCUGAUGCUGAGCUUGAAGCUGAAUUGGAAAAGCUCUCUGUUUCUGAUGGAGAUUUGGCACAAAAGACUCCCUCUGCUUCCUCUGAACCCAAAACAGCUCUGGGACUGAAUCUCUAAAGACCCGACAGUAUCCUGUUGCUGCAGUUUGAGAAACUGUCUUAAGGUUCCUUAACUAAUGACUAGAACUUCUGGGGAGAGGGGUAAUGCUCCCCUGUUCUUCAUGGAUAUCACUUUGCUCAGCAACAGGAUCUCCUGCCAUGACAAUCCACUCUGGAACUGGCCCCAGCUGGUGUUUGUCAUCUCUGUGCCAACAUCUGCACUGGUCUCAAUUUGACUUGUUAUCCCAAGUCACUCUGCGACGUCCAGUCUUCCCUUCUGGGAAUGCAAUUCACUAUUCUGCCCAGUGAAGAUAAACUCUUCUAUGUCCAUAACAAUGCUUGGUUUUGUUUUCUUUG